AUGGCAGAAAAGGAUGGCAUAAGAACAAGAUAUAUAACUGCAAAUGAGAAAACAAUGCUGGUGACCUUGAUAGAGGAAAGAAGCGACAUUUUAUUUAAUAAGAGCCAUGACUUCCGCAUCAUCCAUCGGAAAAAAGCAGCAUCGGAAGAAGUCACUAGCUUAUUUAAUGCUGCUGGUUAUGGACCACCGAGAAGCCAGCAACUGCUGAAGAAAGUCUGGGAGAAUGCAAAAGGAAAAGAAGUAAGCCUACGAGGCCGCAUGUGUUUGAACCCUAAGCUCGGGGCCUUAAUUAAGCCCGCCACUAACGUUCAGUUACGACAGCCCGACUGCACAGGACAAAAUCCCCCUGGACAAAAUCCCCCAAGGACAAAAUCCCCCAAGGACAAAAUUCCCGGACAAAAAUCCCCCUUGGACCCCAAAAUCCCCCGGACAAAAAAUCCCCCAAGAUCCCCCUGGACAAAAUCCCCAAGGACAAAAAUCCCCCCUGGACCCCCAAAAGGCCCCCAAGGACCAAAAUCCCCUGGACAAAUCCCCCAAGGACAAAAUUCCCCCAAGGACAAAAUUCCCCACCACAAAAUCCCCCUAGGACAAAAUCCCCCAAGGCCAAAAAUCCCCCAAGGACAAAAUCCCCCCAAGGAACACAAAAUCCCCCUGGACAAAAUCCCAAGGGACAAAUUCCCCCAAGGACAUCCCAAGGACAAAAAUAUCCCCAAGGACAAAAUCCCCCAAGGAAAAAAUCCCCCAAGGACAAAAUCCCCCCGGACAGAAUCCCCCAAAGGACAAGAAAAUCCCCCUGGACAAAAAUCACCCAAGCGGCCAAAAAUCCCCAAUGACAAAAUCCCCCGGGACAAAAUCCCCCAAGGACGAAAUCCCCCCUGGACCAAAAUCCCCCCAAAGACAAAAAUCCCCUGGAACAAAAUCCCCCAAGGACAAAAUCCCCCAAGGACAAAAUCCCCAGGACAAAAUCCCCUGGACAAAAUCCCCCUGGACAAAAUACCCCAAGGACACAAAAAUCCCUGGACAAAAUCCCCAAGGACAAAAAUCACCCUGACAAAUCCCCCAAGAACAAAAUCCCCCAUGGCACAAAAUCCCCCAAGAAAAAUUCCCCAAGGGACAAAAUUCCCCAAGCGGACAAAAUCCCCCUAG